GGGAGAUGCCAAAAGGCUGCUGGACCAGCUACACCACUAAGGACAGUAAAGAGGUGCACAUCCUCAGCCUGCACUUCCUUCCUGGGGAGGAGCCUGGUGAUGUGACAGGAGUGCCGGAGGAAUAUCAUGAUCUACGCACGGUCUUCAGUCGGUCCAGAGCCAACUCUCUUCCUCCUCACCGGUCGUAUGAUUGUUGUAUUGAUCUCCAUCCGGGGACCACUUCUCCUCGGGGUAGAUUAUUCUCUCUGUCGGCUCCCGAACGUAAGGCUCUCGAUGAUUAUCUGUCUGCUGAAGGCAUUCAGAUGGAUCCCGCUAAGGUCCAGGAUGUCAGCGAUUGGCCUGUUCCUAAGUCACGUGUCGAGUUACAGCGCUUUCUCGGUUUCGCUAAUUUCUAUCGGCGUUUCAUUCGUAAUUUCGGUCAAGUGGCUGCCCCUCUCACAGCUCUGACUUCUGUCAAGUCUUGCUUUAAGUGGUCUGGUUCCGCCCAGGGAGCUUUUGAUCUCCUCAAGAAGCGUUUUACAUCCGCCCCUAUCCUUGUUACUCCUGACGUCACUAAACAAUUCAUUGUCGAGGUUGACGCUUCAGAGGUGGGCGUGGGAGCCAUUCUGUCCCAGCGCUUCCAGUCUGACGAUAAGGUCCAUCCUUGCGCUUACUUUUCUCAUCGAUCGUCGCCAUCGGAACCCGAGGGGAUUCUCCCUGAAGGGCGUGUUGUCGGGUUGACUGUCUGGGGAAUUGAGAGACAGGUAAAGCAAGCACUCACUCACACUGCGUCGCCGCGCGCUUGUCCUAGUAACCUUCUGUUCGUUCCUGUCUCUAUUCGUCUGGCUGUUCUUCAGUGGGCUCAUUCUGCCAAGUUAGCUGGUCACCCCGGCGUUCGGGGUACGCUUGCUUCUAUUCGCCAGCGGUUUUGGUGGCCUACUCAGGAGCGGGACACGCGCCGUUUCGUGGCUGCUUGUUCGGACUGCGCGCAGACUAAGUCAGGUAACUCUUCUCCUGCCGGUCGUCUUAGACCGCUUCCCAUUCCUUCUCGACCAUGGUCUCAGAUCGCCUUAGACUUUAUUACCGGUCUGCCUUCGUCUGCGGGGAGGACUGUGAGAGCCGCCAAUAAACGUAGGAUUAAGAGUCCUAGGUAUUGUCGCGGUCAGAGAGUGUGGCUUUCCACUCGUAACCUUUCCCUUACGACAGCUUCUCGCAAGUUGACUCCGCGGUUCAUUGGUCCGUUCCGUGUCUCUCAGGUCGUUAAUCCUGUCGCUGUGCGACUGCUUCUUCCGCGACAUCUUCGUCGCGUCCACCCUGUCUUCCAUGUCUCUUGUGUCAAGCCUUUUCUUCGCGCCCCCGUUCGUCUUCCCUUCCCCCCUCCCGUCCUUGUCGAGGGCGCACCUAUUUACAAGGAACGGAGGAUCAUGGACAUGCGUUCUCAGGGACGUGGUCAACAGUACUUAGUGGAUGGGGAGGGUUUUCGGUCCUGAGGAGAGGAGUUGGGUUCCAUUUCGGGACGUGCUGGACCGUUCGUUGAUUGAUGAUUUCCUUCGUCGCCGCCAGGGUUCCUCCUCGAGUGCGCCAGGAGGCGCUUGGUGAGUGGGGGGGUACUGUCAUGUUUUGUCUUUGAUCUUCAUGUCUUGUCCCUGUGCUUCCCUCUGCUGGUCUUAUUAGGUUCUUUCCCUCUUUCUAUUCCUCUCUCUCCUCCUCCCUUUUUCCCUCUCCCGCUCUCUCUCUCUAUCGUUCCGUUCCUGCUCCCAGCUGGUUCUCAUUCUCCUAACGACCUUAUUUACUCUUUCACACCUGUCCCCUAUUUUGCCCUCUGAUUUGAGUCCCUAUUUCUCCCUCUGUUUUCCGCUUCUGUCUUUGUCGGAUUCUUGUUUGAGGUUAGCUGCUCUGUGUCCUUGUUCCGCCCUGUUGUGUUUUUGCAUUUGUCAGAUGUUGCGUGUGAGCAGGUGUCUAUGUCAGCUACGGUCUGUGCCUUCCUGAAGCGACCUGCAGUCGGUGGUCGCGUCUCCAGUCGUUCCUCUCUACUGACAAGAGGUUUUCAGUUUCCUGUUUUGGAUUACCUUUGGAUAAUAUCCAGGAACAUCAUUGUUUGUUUAAGACUGGAAUAAAGACUCUGUUUCUAUUACGUCGCUUUUGGGUCCUCCUUCAUCAGCAUAACAGUUUCACCGAGUCGUGGCUGAACGACAACAUUAGGAACAACUGGAGGGUUAUACACUCUAUCAGCAGGACAGAACAGCAGCCUCUGGCUUCCACCAUGUUUGAACUAAACAUGACCACUGCCAAGCCAAUGCACCUCAUCAUCACCACAGCCUCAGAGCAGGCCAUAUACAUUCUGACCAAUGCUAACGAGGAUGUCAGCUUAUACGUGGCCAAUAACUCCAAUAUAAUGUUUCAUGGUUCAAAAGGCAACGUCCAUAAAAAAACCCUGCCCAUAGACAACGAAGCUCUAGUGAGGUGGGCCACCGAGGAGUUUGGUGGGGUGACAUCUUUCACCACCAUCCAGAACCCAACUAGCAUCGCUUCCACAGGGAGAGAGGGAACAAGACUCCUUCCAACUGGCUCCAACAACUGUACACUUCAAAAUGAAUGGCACUCCCUCAAGCACUAUCUGACAUUCAAAUCAAACAUACCUUCAUCGAUCAAGUCCUGCUCGAACCAGCCUCUCAACAGUCACACUGAGAAAGAACUAUACAUCGUUAACAUCCCUGAGGAUGUCAGCAUUCGCUAUGUCUCUGUGCACGUCAUCAGUGAGAGGCAGAUAAGUCUGUUCCUAAGAGGUCCUAAUGGUACCACGUGGAGCAUCCAUGACCCACAGCACACCAGCCUCUGUUCUAACAACGUGAUCAUGCUUGCUGCCACCAACACGAUGCAUACGAUCCCUCCCGUGGUCGCCAUCACCACAGACAGUGCCGAUGCUGUACAGAAGAAGGCCAUGGACCAUUUCAAAGCAAUCACCAUCACCAGCUACUCUGAGAUCCGAACCGAGGGCACCAUGGUCACACUGGUCCUGGGGAAUAAGGACCACACACCAGUCACAGAGACUGCACCCACUGAGACCACCCCAUCGCCCCCUAGCCCCCCUCAGAUGCCUCUGAUCAUGCAGCUGUACACCUCUCCAGACUACCGCUCCCCUCUGGACCUCAACGCCAAGGUGCAGAGCGACAAGAGGAUCUACGCAGAGAUCUCAGGGAGGAUGCUGGGGGAGAUUGUGCUGACCAUCAAGGUGAUCAACUGCUCGGUGCACUCCAAGGGCUCAUGCCCAGUGGUCAGGGACAUGCCCUUCAGGUCAGAGAUGUGCUUCUCCACCAUGUGCCCCAACAGUGCCAGGGUUAGCUUCUCCCUAGAGCUGCUCCAAGACCUGGCGUCCACUAGCUGGGACCUGGAGUGCUCUGUCAAACUCUGCUUCAGGGAGAAAUGUGGAGAUGGAGGAAGAGUGAAGAAGAAUUUGGAGGUCACCCAGACAUACAUCCCACCACCAACUAUGUGUAUUGACUUUGGUCUGUCAGCCGUGCUGGGCAUCGCUUUCGGAGGCUUCCUGAUCGGAGUUCUGCUUAUCGGAGCUCUGUGGUUCAUCAAGAUCCGCACAGGAUACCCCACCGGACUGGAUGUCGGGUCGACUGCAGUAAACCUCUCAGGAUGUCCUUGCUCUCUGACCAGCAAACGGCAACCCGUUUCUACGAACCCCUCCCCCUCUGAGAACAGUAGUGCUAAUGCCAGCAUUGGCAGCACUCAGAGCACGCCAACCAGCAGCAUGGCAUGAGAUCAUCAGCACCACCGUCUCCCCUUUCCGACACACCGAGGGGCCUCGUGCUAUUUGGUCGCUCUUUCGCCAUGCUUAAGAAAGCAUUACCCCCCUCUCUUUAUUCACACCACAACCACGCACCCGCUCUCACCCGUGACCCCACCUGAAAGUGGUGAGGUCGGGGACGGGGAGGGGUGGGAGGAGCAGGAAUGGGAGGGUGGGGGGCUGCUCUAGUCUAGUCCAGGCUCCUAACAUUCACCUCUCUAGCCUCCCAGCAAAAGUUCCAGACGGAGAUUCAGCGAGGAUGAAAAAAAGACCCUGGCUCCCAGCAACAGGAAAAACAAAGCAUAUCCCCUAAGAACUAACAGGAAAUUCAUUGCAUUCUUCUCAAUAAAUUGUGCCUCUCUGAUGGCGGCACAAUACGAGUCAGUCAGUGAAAAAAAGAGACAAAAGAUUGACUUUUAAAAACAUUAUUAGAGAAACUGUUUUUGUCUCUCGACAUCCACAGUUGUUGUGAUUGGAAAUGUCAAGGCCCCUUAUUGUAGGCAAUUUAGAGAUAGAACAGGUGUCAGUCCAGAAUCUAUCACAUUGACUGUAGUUUUAAUUAAAAUUGUAUUACUGUAUAUGGGUGGCUGGAAGACACCAUGUCAGAUUUGAAGAUUUCAGACAGAUCAACAAAGCUAAAAUAUCCAAUGUUCUCCUCCAAUACCAAGGGGUACCUGUCUUUAUAUGAGUCAGGAAAGAUUGGGAAAAGGCUACCUCGUAAUUUAUGUAGAUGUCGGAUUGUUAAGCACAAGCAUGAGAAUGGGUUAUUCUGGUGAGCUAGUCAGAUACCUUAUUUUUUUGUUUCUCUCUUUCAUUCCGUUUCACUUGAGUUACAAUGCAUUCGGGAGGUUAUCAGACCCCUUCCCUUUUUCCACAUUUCGUUACAUUACAGCCUUAUUCUAAAAUUGAUGAAAAUAUUUAAAAAGCUCAUCAAUACAAACAAUACCACAUAAUGACAAAGUGAAAACAGGUUUUUGCAAAAAAAAUAAAAAUAUGAAACUUAUUGUCACGUUCGUAAUAAAGACGGGACCAAGGCGCAGCGUGUGUUGAGUUCCACAUCUUUAUUUGCAGUGAAACUUCCAGAAAAAAACAAUAAACCAACAACGAAACGUAACCUCAGUGGUGCAACAUGCACAUACACAAUAUCCCACAAAACAGGUGGAAGAAAGGGCUUCCUAAAUAUGAUCCCCAAUUAGAGGCGACGAUUACCAGCUGCCUCUAAUUGGGAUCCAUACAACCCAGCCACAUAGAAAAUCAAUGACUAGAACACCCCCCUAGUCAUGUUCUGAGGGCUCUCAUGGUCAGGGCAUGACACUUAUUUACAUAAGUAUUCAGACCCUUUGCUAUGCGAUUCGAAAUUCAGCUCAGGUUCAUCCUUUUUCCAUUUAUCAUCCUUUUCUAUCACAUGUGGAGUCCACAUGUGGUAAAUUAAAUUGAUUGGACAUGAUUUGGAAAAGCACACACCUGUCUAUAUAAGGUCCCACAGUUGACAGUGCAUGUCAGAGAAAAAGCCAUCAGUUCAAAGGAAUUCUCCUUGGAGCUCCGAGACAGGGUUGUGUCAAGGCACAGGUCUGGUGAAGGGUACCAAAACAUUUCUGCAGCAUUGAAGGUCCCCAAGAACACAGUGGCUUCCAUCAUUCUUAAAUGGAAGAAGUUUGGAACCACCAAGACUCUUCCUAAAGCUGGUCUCCCAGCCAAACUGGGCAAUCGGGGGAGAAGGGCCUUGGUCAGGGAGGUGACCAAGAACCCGAUGGUCACUCUGACAGAGCACCUGAGUUCCUCUGUGGAGAUGGGAGAACCUUCCAGAAGGACAACCAUCUCUGCAGCACUCCACCAAUCAGGCCUUUGUGGUAGAGUUGCCAGACUGAAGCCACUCCUCAGUAAAAUACACAUGACAGCCUGUUUGGAGUUUGUCGAAAGGCACCUAAAGGAUGCUGACCAUGAGAAACAAGAUUAUGUGGUCUGAUGAAACCAAGAUUAAACUCUUUGGCCUGAAUGCCAAGCAUCACGUCUGGAGGAAACCUGGCACCAUCCCUACGGUGAACAAUGGUGUUGGCAGCAUCAUGCAGUGGGAAUAUUUUUCAGCGGCAGAGACUGGAAGACUGAGAAUCAAGAGAAAGAUGAACGGAGCAAAGUACAGAGAGAUCCUUGAUGAAAACCUGCUCCAGAGCGCUCAGGACCUCAGACUGGGGCAAAGGUUCACCUUCCAACAGGACAAUGACCGUAAGCACUUAGUCAAGACAAACCAGGAGUGGCUUCGGGACAAGUCUCUGAAUGUCCUUGAGUGGCCCAGCCAGAGCCCGGACUUGAACCCGACCAAACAUCUCUGGAGAGACCUGAAAAUAUCUGUGCAGCUACGCUCCACAUCCAACCUGACAGAGCUUGAGAGGAUCUGCAGAGACAAAUGGGAGAUCAUACCCAAAUACAGGUGUGCCAAGCUUGUAGCAUCAUACCCAAGAAGACUCAAAGAUGUAAUUGCUGCCAAAGGUGCUUCAACAAAGUACUGAGUAAAGGGUCUGAAUACUUAUGGAAAUGGUAUUAUUUCAGUUUUUAAUUUGUAAUAUAUUUGCACAAAAACUGUUUUUGCUUUGUCAUUAUGGGGUAUUGUGUGUAGAUUGAUGAGGGGAAAAAACGAUUUAAUACAUUUUAGAAUAAGGCUGUAACGUAACAAAAUGUAGAAAAAUGGAAGGUGUUGGAAUUCUUUCCAAAUGCACUGUACAUCAUAUUGUUUUGCUCCAAGCCAUCUGUUACAUACAAGCAGAAUUUAUAACAAAAUGUCCAUGCAUGUCAAUGUUACUUAGGAGCCUUUGCGAAUUAAUAGUUUUUAUAGUCCAUUUUUAAAAAUAUAAUAUUUAUCUGAAUUUGUAUUAUGUCUAGAUAGAGACACAUUUUACUUUCCUCAAUGCAAACUAAAGUCAACCCCAAAGAAAGGUUUUACCCAAAACAUUGUGAGAUUUGUAAAGACCAACAAAAAAAAUAUGAAAAAUGAAGAUUUAACAUCUAAAUGAUUGAACUCAGGAAAAACUAUAUUUGACAUUAUUGUAAUUUAGGGACAAAUGAUUGAUGUCCAGUGCCAAGAAAAAUGGAAAUCAGAUGUGAUAGAUGGUUGAACCGUAAGUGUAAACCCAUUCUGUGUGUAAUUGUACAAAUGUAAAUGUAUUUUUAUUGUAUUGCCUCUUUUUACCUCUUUGAAAAUGCUCUCACGAUACAAAGAAAAGCUUUGUGAUUAUGACCUGCUGGGUAUAAAGACAUCCCCUUCAAACAUUCCAUUCAGCCAUGUCUCUUAAAGAAACAGCAAUACUGUACCAAAAAUAAUUUUUAUGUUUUUAUUGUUAUGAUUGUACUAGUUAUUGUUCAUUACACAAAUGUAUAUGUGUUGAGUAAUUAAUUAUUAAUUAGUCAUUCAUUUGUUUUUAUACUGUCAUCAAAAGCAGCCAUCUUAAAACCAAGUGAGCUUCCUCAACCAAACACUGUUUUGAAUGGACCAAUAUGUUUCUUUCCCCCCACCUAAAUAAUUAUGUAGCUAAUAAUGGAUUGUGUGUGUGUUUCUAUGUGCAUGUGUGACUGAGUGAGUGCAUGCAUGCAAGUGUGCAUGCUCUAACUUAUUCCGUUCAAAUAUAUACAUAUAUAGAUAUAUAUUAAAUCAAAUAGCUUAGUACACACCCCAAAACUUUUCAAAUGUUCAAAUCAAAAGGCUAUUGCGCAGAAGAAUGUGAACAGUCGGGUGCAUCACAAAUUCAGAACCUCUGGACAGCAACAUAAUAAACUGAAGCACUGAUCAUUGGGAGCGAGAUCAGAAAUAGGUAGCCUCGCCUACAAAACUAAAACACCCCAUAUGUUCAAAUCAAAAGUCCUGAUUUAACAUGACAUUAAUAACAUAGCCACAUCCCGAGUACCCGGUGCCGACACGUUCAGAAAUCAAAAGAUGGUUUGUGCAAUAGACCGCUGCGCCACUCGGGAGGCCCCAUUGAAGCUAUUAUGAGCCACUUUUAACCCACAAUAGUCAGCAUAUAAGGGGAGCACUGGCGUCCCACUGAACUGAACCUCCACAGGCAAGCAACAGUGAAUGAAGGGAGUGUUGUAGUAUCAGACAGUCUGUGACAGCUAGGCUCUCUGAGAGUACUGGCAGAAAGCAGGGUAAAUCAGAUGGGCUGUCAGUUAAUCCAGUCGUUAACCCAGCAGAUUCUGGCCCAGCCUCAGAGGGCUUCCUCUGCUCAUAGAUACACAUGAGCCAAGCAAUCCUCAAUCCUCAACACACGACACAUUUCCCUUUCUCACAAUGUUAGACACUCGCGAGGCAAGGCGAGCAGACUGUGUUGUGUGUAUGUGUGUGUUGAAGACAGAAUAUGUGCAUGUAUUACGAGAGUGUGUGUGUGUGUGUGUGUGUGUGUGUGUGUGUGUGUGUGUGUGUGUGUGUGUGUGUGUGUGUGUGUGUGUGUGAGAGAGAAAGUGAGUGUUUGUCUUUCGGGAGGUGUCUUUGUUUAAAUCCAGAAAGGGGGACUUAGGAAGUGGUUAUGAGCUCUUUGUUAUUGAGUGAUACACUCAAUGCAGCUCUUGAAUUGGGAGGCUCCCAAACGUACAAGGUCUAAGUGUGUAAGAAAAAUAUCAUCCAAUAUUUCUUGCACCAUAUGCAAUUGAAAUCACAAAAAAAAGGGUAUUACCAAUUUGUAAGUCGCUCUGGAUAAGAGCGUCUGCUAAAUGACUUAAAUGUAAAUGUAAAAUUACUUUUUUUGUUUUAUCACAUUUUUUGAAAACUAAUAUAAUAUGUAAAAACGGAAUACAUUGAAACUCAUCUGGACAGACAGAAAUAAUAACAUUACCAAGUAUCUUAACCCUUGAAAUGUAUUCACAGGAAUACGUUUUUCUGUCAUCUAUUUUUUUCCUAUAAGCAGCAACAUGAAGUCAUUUCCCUAAUUUUGAUCUGUUCUGGGCUGCUGUGUUAGAAAUAAUGCCUUAGAUUAAAGGCUCGUUUGUGCCUGGGUAUAAUGUGUCUAUACAGGAUGUCACCCUUCAGGAUUGUUAACAACAUUGUUAGAGUCUGUCAUCUUAACAAAAUUACUGCUCCAAUUCUAUGCAUGGAUGAAAAAUGCAGGGAAUUCCAUAACCCUGGCUAAAGUGCCUUUUAUCGUGCACUGAACAAAUUCAAAUGAUACUGUUUGUUGUCUUUUGAAAAGUAUAUAUGUUUUUUUGUGUAUCAACUGUCUUAAUAAAAUUAGUUUAUGAAACUAA